AUGAAACACGCUCGAGAUAUUGGCGACUUGGAUGCGUUCACGCCGAGGAAGUGGUCCAAGACGGACAACCAGGACGAGCUGCUGAAUGUGGUGUUUCGCUUCAAGCACAAGACUCCAAGUGCCCGUCAAGACGACAGUCUGUGCGAGACUUUGGUGCAGCACUUUGCAGCAUUUGUAGCCCAGCUCGAUCCAGUGCCGUCCGAGUUUGGUCACCGUUGUGCUCUGGCUGAUCCCGUCGUUGACGACCGCAUCGUUCCAGCUACUGACUUUACUGUUCAUGAAGUGGAAGUGUUACGCAAUGCUUGUCGUAGCAUGAAAUCCUCCGAGGAAGACAUACGUGAGCGAGGAGAUGUCUGGUACGAUCCGUGGCUACCGACGUAUGGCUGUGCAUUGCAACGGACGAAGGUCAACGCAGCGGAGGUGAAACUAGACGUAAUCUAUGUCGAUGGAUGGGAACGAACGCUACACUUUGUGUCAACGGGGACGUGCGUGCACAGUGCCGUGUCCACAGCAUUCAGCGAAGUAUCUUGUGCGAAUUUGGAGUGCAGACUGGAGAAGCAGUUUGGAAAGAUGUUUGCGCGCAAGCUACAGAACGCGCAACAAGGCAGAGGGUCGAAGCGGAGCGCAGCAAUUCAGAGUCUGGGACAUCAAAAGACACCACAGUUUAUCGUGGCUGUGGUCCGUCGUGCUGUUGCAGCGAUUGCGGGAAGAUCGGAGUUAGAAGAAGACGGAGGUGUAGACGACGACGAUGACGACGAGGAUGAAGAUAGUGACACGAUCGAGAGCAUUCGUCCUCAUGGAGGAACAACAGACGUUGGACAGCAUACAGGAGGACAACCACGCGAUACCUGCUGGCCAAUUGUUCAGGCUGCGAUUGCUAAACGAGUUUGCUGUGGCCGUGGUCUGUUCCAAAAGACAAUGGCGAUGUUUGAGCUGCAUUUGCUGCAUGCAGCUAUGUGUGAGGCACAGAGCAGUUUUCACAGCGGCGUGGGUAUAAAAGACGGGUGCGACGCUGUUGAUGACCUGUUUUACAUGCUGCAAGUUGUUGUUCGAAACGCUGUGAAGCUCUUCGAGCUCGGGUAUGACAUCUCGUCCCUCGAGCAUCAGUGCAGCGACCUGCGAACUCGCGUUGAUGCGCUAGUCGACUUGUUAAACCACAAGAACAGAUUGCGUUAUUGCCUACCCGAGUAUGCAACGUUGCAGCAGCUCCAACGACUUCAAGGCCGUGUUCAAGCAGACUGGACCGAACGAGGAAAGCUUGUGGAUGCUGAAGCUAACGUGAAGGAACGCCACCUGCGUGUAAUGAAGAAUCUGGAAGGAUGCUGGUAUCUCGAUGGAGCGACGUGCAGUCUAAGCACUUUGGUCGACUGGGAAAAAUCGACCAAAGCCUCGAAGUCGUACAAGAGCUUGUUAGCAUUGCGGACGGUCGAAUCGUUUAUGUUUGCAAGAUCGAUCCACCUGAACGAAGACGACGUUGGUAAGCCCUCGAAUGACGAUGAUGGUGACGGCGACGACAAUUUGUUCAUUGCAAAGAUCAGGGUGCUCGUGACUGCGUACAAGAAAAACAUCGGUGAACAGCAACAACUUCCGCAAUUGACGUCCAUCCUGAAUGUCGAGCAACGCAGUCGAGAGAUGCUGGUCAUGUGGAUUGCGUUUUGCCUCGUUCAUCAACGAUGCGUCAGUCAAUUUCCUUUGUGUAAACAGUACAACGUUGCACUCGCAUGGCAGGACUUGAAAGUUGCUGUACUAAGAGACCGGGUCGCCAUUACUGCUUUGCAACACGUGUGCAAAUACAUCCGUGGAUGGAACAGGAAGACUCAAGGACCUCCUCUCUUCCACUUGACCAUGCAGGACGCAACAUUUGCGUUCGCGCUGAAAUAUGCGCUGAGCAACGAUAGUAUGAUCGACAUCUACGACCGUGAAGUUGAGAGCUGGGACCGGUAUGUGCUGAGCAAGUGGAAAGAGGUUGAAGAAAAACGAAACAGAGCAGCCGGUAUUCGUGCGGAGCUUUCGGUGGCAAAUGAAAAGCUACAGUUGAAACAGCGCGAGCUGACAAACGAGCGUUCGUAUGGCUCGAAUGGCUAUGGCGAAAGCAAAGCAGUUUCGCGACUUGCCGACAAAGUUGCAAGCUUAAAAUCUAAGAUCAAAGCCACAAAUAAGUCGUUGAAGAGAGCUCUUGAGGUUCCUCCUGCAAUUACCCGACCACUACCAGAAGCAAAAGACCAUGCCAUGCAAGUCAUCUUUAUGCUGACCAUGCCUCGAAGUCUGGAGAUACUUGGAAGCUUGUUUUGUACUGCUCAACGUGCUCUUGCACCAACAGACCCGACAGAUGAGAUGACGAAGUGUUCCAGUCUGAGCAGUACCACGUGGGAGUCCUUCUACAUUGACCAUCGACGAUGCCAAGCAUUGCGCCCGACCACAACCGAACUUGUAGCAACCACCGGCUCCGAUUAUCUGCCAAUGUCGAAUAGAGCGCAAACCGUGGACAGUCUGUACAGUAUGUACCACUUCCAGUUACAGCAAGUGGUGAGCCCGGUACUGCAGAAUACGAAACUUACGUGGAAAGAUUCAGCUGGUGAUACGUUGAACCCAUUUGCUGCUACUCAAGCGAGCAUAACCGAGAGCUUUAUCGAGAGACUUCCACAUUCGUUUGAGAACUUCCAGUGGAUGAACGUGUGGCCAAGCGGAAACGCAGCUCGAGGGAACUUGGUGUACUCGCAAUUGAACCAGAUUCCAGACGUGUUCGAGAAAGCGUCAUUUAUUGCUCUCGGAUCCCUGCGUUCCUUUCCGAACCAACAGUUUCGAAAACUACUAUUGGUCUUACUCAGCGACGUCUUGCCGUGGUCAAACUCGUGUGUGAGUACCAUAGUGCGGCAGUCGCUUUAUCAGAUCGGCGACAUUACGGAUGAAGAUGAGCCAAAGUUGGCCUGGAAGAUCGACAUGUUGCAAUGUGAACACGGACUGGUCACGUUUUGCACCACACUUGGUGCUAUUGCGGACAAUUUGGAGCAUACGCCGCGAUGCUGUGAGAAUGUUCCGCUCCUUAGUGAACUGUCUGGAUACUUGCACCAGUUCGACAGCGCCGCGGAUCCUGUCGUGAAAUCGUUUUCGAGGAUGGCGAGACAUUGGGCCGAGAAUUCACAUGUGAAAGGCGAAAGCGAUCGAACUGUCGAUCGGACUACCACGCUCCACCAGAACAGAUGCAUCUUGUAUGGCUACGCACUUCUGGCCUACACACUCGGACCAUUGGACGAUGCAGCGGCUCGGGAUGUGUGCGAGUUGAUCGUUUUGUUUCGCACUUCGUUCCUGUGUGCAAGCAUCGGUGCCUCCUCCACGGAUAAAAUGCGUUGCAUUGAAGGCAGAGUGUGUGAGAUGAUGGCUCGAAGGAUUGCAGAGCUGGUCGGCUUUGUCGAGAAAAGCGGCACGAGCUCUGUCCUGACGUCUUUGGUAAGCUUGGUAUGUCCGCAGUCUCCUGAUCAGCUGGAGUGGACGCGAGUAAGCGACGAGCCGAUACACGGGGAGCAAUUGGUAAGCUGCUUCGAAUCCUCCGAAGCCCAUUACGCCAUUAAUCUUUUCACAGGGGUUGUCUUGACUGAUGGCAAUCCUCCCGGGGGACUGCCGCCUACCAUUCGUGAGCACCCGCGAUUCCAGACUCUAUUCCCACGCUGCAAUUUCGAAGUGUUUUACGUCAACGGCGUGUUUCAGUCUGAAAGCUUGUACUGCGAUCGAUUGUACGAGUUUGCGAUGCAGGGGGAGGAUGAUCUCUAUGUUCAAGAGCUCGUCGUGGGAGCAUCGGGGAAUCGCGGAAGUACGCUACAGUUGUGCUCUCUAGAGUGGAUCAAGUCCCUCUGUGACCAUUACCCAACUCGGUUGUGGGAGUUAUAUUCACAUUGGCACUGGGUGGAAAAGCAUUGUCUGCUUUUCCGACCUAAGGAAGCCAAAGACCGGGACGUCUUCUUUGUUGCUACAUUCGAUGAACAGAACGGUGUGCAAUGUUUUCGGGUGCCAUAUGGUGACACGAAAUGCUCCUACGACUUCAUCUUACAGCACUGCGGAACCUACGACCGGUUUGUGCAGCAAGACGAAGUGCUGCAGAGCGUGUUUAGUGUACUGACGAAAUUUGAAAACGAGCAGUUCCUUCAUGCGCUGCGAUCUCCUGACGGCGUGUUGAAAAUUGAGCUGCCACGUUUCAAGCUCAGCUUUUUUCUCAACGACCGAAUGCAGUUCGAGUCGGUAGAACACAUCGGAUACGUCUUGGCAACGCAGCAGCAGUUUGACGACUUUCUACCGCGCUUUGAGAGGUAUUUGCUGCUUGAUCCGCAAGACAGACUCGACACAACACGACCGGAACUUCGCAUGCUACUGCCUAUCGGCUCUGUUCACGACGCUCGCAAUGGAAUGGUUGACAUUGAAAGCCCUGGUACAGCAGACAGUUCCAUCGGUGUAGCAUGCUUUGAUGUUCACCGCCGCUUGAAGACGUUCGAAACGGAGACCAUCAGCUCCAGACUUCUGCUCGCUGCUGUGUGCGUUCGUGCGGGAACAAACAUACCAAGUAAGCGGUUGAACAUGACAGGAUCAGAGGCAGCUGUGCAAAUUUUACGGGCGUGCCGCUCGAGCCGACCGUAUUCAGAGCCAGAGAGAACGAUGCUGGAGUCAAUUUGCAAGCUGAGCUUUCGCGUACCCGCAGUGAAAAUUCUGGCAGUGGCUCUGCUCACGAAGUCGAAACAGAUAAGUUUUCUUCUCGAUCAAGAAAGUCAAAUGGUGGACAUGUCGAUGGCUGGAAUUGAUGAACAAACAGAAUAUGGCGACUUGUGCUCAGGGCGGGUGCGGGUAUACCAUAACCGCCUGCGCUCUUGCUUUCGAAGUAAAGAAGAGCGGUUCCUCUUCGGCCGUGCUCAAAGUAGAACACAUGCUCGAUGUGCCCAUGAUUUGGUGUCACCAAUGCCACUCCCUGGAGCUGCCGACUUCGUUCAGGAGGUCGAAAGAAAACUGCAACGUUUUGUGCGUCAUACGACGACUUCGAGAGCCGACAACCCGCUGAAGAGUCGAGCUACAGCUGGUGUAAUGAGCGAGAGGAUGAUGAAGGACCUACAGAUCAGUUGGGACUGCUAUCAAUCGCAAGCUCACACGCAAUUGAACGUCACACCGAGCGUGUUAACUGAGGAAUUGACGUCCUUGCUCAGUGAUGUUGCAUCCCGUCGUGGCGAGAUGGAAGCGUACUUGCGGUGCGUGCAUGUGAAGGCCACGAGCAGCACUCGUGAUCGUCUUCUUUUUCUCGCCAACGGUAUGCCCACAAUGACCAUCCGUGAUAUCGUACAGUGCUCGUUUGACGACGAGAUGCUGUAUGCACUGACGCAGAAACUGACGACGACGUCGAGAGAGGAAUUCAAACAGGGCGCCUUGCGAUACAUGGAGCUUUGUGUCUUAGAAGACAAGGUCGAACGGCUGAUCUGGAAAGCGAAGCGCAGUAGCGAGUUGUCCGAGUCUGAACUGGUGAACGAGCUCCUGAACGUGCGUCAGUGGCAAUUGACCGAGUAUCCAUACUGGCUAGCAUUUGAAGUGGAAGGGAGACUUCAGAUUCGGCAUGAACAGUUUGUGGUAGCAAAACACUUGAUCAACGAGCGCGGAACGGUUUGCCAGCUCAACAUGGGCUGCGGCAAGACUCGAGUGAUUUUGCCAAUGUUGUUCCUGCACUUCACUCGAAGUAACUGUUCACGAGUCGUUCGUGCACACUUUCUGGGGCCUUUGCUGAGCGAAACGCGGCAAUUCAUGCACCGCCACCUGUCGGCUUCCAUUGCUCAACUCGACGUGUUUGAACAGCCAUUUGAUCGAAGUAGUGCCAUAGAUGCUCGGAGACUCGAGCUCAUUCACGAUACACUUCAAGAGAUUCAGCUCUUUGGCGGCAUCCAAAUGGUAUCUCCUGAACAUCGCAUGUCACUGGAACUGAAGCGUUUGGAGCUAGGCGACAAAAACGCUUUCGCACCGCAGUUGGAUCAACUUCUUGACAAGACGCAAUUUGUUGACGUUCUUGACGAGUGCGACGCACUUCUUCAUCACAAGUAUCAUUUGGUAUACGCUGUGGGCACACCAGAACCGCUGUGCAAUGGAGUCGAGAGGUGGACUGUCGCUGAGGCCUUGUUGCGUAUUGUGGCAGAUUCCUCGCUGAGCUGUCGAGUGAAGAAUGUGCUCCAGACGCCACGUGUGUCGUGCAAUGCUCCGGACUACGCGACCCGAUUGGGUGCUUAUCCAGGCACUCGCCUCAAUACGAUCGUAGAAUCCACAGAAUGUCACCGAGACGAGCUGAAGAAAGCACUAGUGCUCGAUCUGAUUGACAACGCACCUUUCGAGUUGAUGUUUCUGGAAGCUCUGGGCAAUGGUAGUGCAGUUGAUGCGCUCGUGACGGCGAUUACGGAUCCAACGAUGAGUUUGCAAGUGGCCCUUGCCGAAUACGUGCAAAGAUUCUCACCUUACAUGCGACAGCUGCUCGUAAUGCGAGGACUGCUAGCAUUUGGCGUGCUCGAACACUGCCUGGAGAAACGCUAUCGAGUUGAUUUUGGGCUUCCACAUCCUGGUACGCGACGGAAGAAGAUUGCCAUUCCGUUUCGGGCUGCGGAUGUCCCGUCAGAGCGGUCGGAGUUCAGCCAUCCUGACGUUUGUAUCGUGCUCACGCUGCUCGGAUAUUACCACGCUGGUUUGACGAAGGAGGAGGUCCGAUGUACUUUUCAGAAGCUGUUGCGCUUGGACAUCUCGGAGCAGGAACAUCAGUACGAUCGAUGGUUUGCUAGUGUCGAGCCGGGCUUGAAUAGCAAUGACCGAGAGGCUCUGCACGACGUGCGGCAUGUCAGUCUUGCCGACAGUCGACAGUUCGAGACGUUGUGUCGAGUUUACCAGUACUGCAUGGAGGCGAUAAACUUCUACCUGAACACCUGCGUGUUUCCCAACGAUACGCAGCAGUAUCCGCAACGAUUGUCCCGAACAGCGUGGAAUCUUGCUGCAGGAGGCAAUACGAUCGGAUUCUCAGGCACGAACGACAAUCAUCGUUUGCUUCCGCUGUCCGUGGCACAGCACGAGCCGAAUGAGCCGUCACUACGAGGCACAAACGGGAAAAUGAUUGACAAGAUCAUGCAAGUGACGCACAGCUAUGAGGUGAUUGUUCCGAGUCCGAAUCGCGGACCAAUCCCAUGGCAGAGUGUGCUUUUGUUUGCCAUGGACAAGAACGCACAAUGUCUGAUCGACACUGGGGCGCUUCUAGCGGGUGUGGAAAACAGUGAGGCAGCAAAAUUUCUCUUGGACCAACUUGACUUUGUCUUUGCUGGCGUGACGUACUUUGACAGCCGAAAAGAGCACAACUGCUGGAUGAUUGCCGAAAAGACUCGACAGGUCGUCAUGCCGUUGGAACAAGCGCCAAUGCUGGAGAAGGAGACGUUUGUCAUUUUUGACGAAGCACGCUCGCGAGGGUCGGAUCGAAAACUCCGUCACAAUGCAGCCGCCGUGCUGACUCUGGGACCGAAACUUGCAAAGGACAAGUUGAUGCAAGGCGCGGGACGAAUGAGGCAGCUCGGAUGCGACCAAACACUUUGGAUCGCAAGUUUCGACGAGGUGGCGCAGAGUAUCUCGCAGUCAAGUGCUCAUCAAAAUGUUUCGACGUUGACCGCAGUUGACGUGCUGAAUUGGGUCAUGGACAACACGAGAGAUGAGUGUAUCCGCGGCCUUCAAGAAUGGGCGACAAGCGGUCUUCGCUACCGUGAAAAUCAGCUUAAUCCCGCGUCGGAGCUCGUCGAUGAGAAUCGGUCCUUGGAGCUUCUGUACCAAGAAGCAUUGGCCACGGACAAGAUUGCUCGAAUUGUCGAGUCGCAAGCGCGCCUGAUGUUUGGAGACUGUGAAGACGCACUGGUUGCUCGCAUCUGCUCUCAGAGCUGUACAUACGGACUUGAUGACGAAGUCUGUUGUGUCUCGCACACGGGCGAAUGUGAGCGUGAGAUACGUGUGGAGACCGAACGGAACCAAAUUGACGACACGGAGACGCCUGAAUGCACGCCGUCGGAAGAGGUGAAGUGGGACUAUCGAAAGGUCCUGCAAGCUCGAUCGGUCGAGGACCUCCGCGGCGAAGUGGAAGUGAUGGAAGUGGACACAUACGCUCGACACUGGGCCUCCUCGACCCAUUCUGCGGGUCGACUCUGGUCCAACACACGCGUCUUUGGGACCAUCAAUUUCUUCACCACAGUAGCAGCACCGACUUCCGCAGACCGUACGAUCGAGUUUUUACGCGUCAUUGACGUCAUGCUGGUGUUCACGAAUGGCCAAGUGCUGCUGGUGUCCGAGUGCGAAGCGGACCACAUCCUCGCGCUUUUAUGGUCAAGCAGUAUCAAGGCUGGAGCUAAAUGCAGCACAGCCAGCUCCCUCCUCGGAAAGCAGGUGCCCGCGUGCUCCUUUCGCUUUGUGAAUCUCGCCUUUGCCUGCGAGAGUAUCCGUCGCGUUGAGGCCUUGCCCGUAUUUUCCGACGUACACAUGGUGCUCGGUGCUGAUCUGGAUCAAGACCUUCCACUAUUGCCGACGUCAGCGUGUUAUUUGUACAAUGGCGAGCCCAUGCUCACGGGACGCCAGAAAGUUGUCAUGGAGCCCACAUUGCGUGCCUUGCUCGCACCAGCGACUCAGCGCGAGGCAACACUGAGCAACUUUGUCAAGUCGCGAGGGAACGGCCAUAAGUGGAUGCGUUCGUAUCUGCACGAAUUGUGCUGCCGCAUGGACCUCGAAGAGUGCAAUCGGUAA